GAUCAAGCUAAGACCUUUAAGACCAACGAAGCCACACGAUUUGCCACUCCACUCCUCAUCAUCUAUUCUCUUAAUCCAAAAUUAGAUAUUUAUCUUUGUUUUUGUAUCAAUUUAAUUUUUGAUCGAAUAAUGAAUGUUUGAGAUUUGUUAUGACAAUGUUGCCUCUUUGCUCUGCAACUCCAACUUGUUCUUCUCAUUCUCAGACGUCCUUUCAUGGAGGAGGAGGAUUAUUGCGUCCCUCUUCCUCAUUCCAUAAGGAAUUUGAGACUAGAUGUCUUAUGGAAUGCCAUGUUUUUGGGUCAUCAUCGACUGGAAUGCAUUUUCAAAGGGACUUCAUCAGAACCAAUGCUGCAAAAUCAGUGUCUUUGAGUUUGGUUAAUGAACAUUCUUGUUCAAAUGGGUCAGACCAUCUUAAGUGUAAUUAUUCCUAUAUGUGGAACUCUUCAACUGCAGACUUAUACAACAAUUCCCCCAUGGGAAAUAGCUUAGAACUGAAGUACAUCCAAAAUUCAGACCUAUCUUCUACAGAUAUUGGGAUUGUUGACUAUGCAGGCCUCUUAGAUGGAAAUGAGAAGGUUUUACCAGCAUCUGUAGAACCUGAAGCUGUAUUACCUAUCGAUUUAGCACCUGAACCUUUCCUGUCUGGGCUUCCCUCUGCCUCCUUAGAUGUGAAAGGGUUUGAGGAAUUUGCUAAUGAGCUUGGUCACACUUUCAGUGAUUCAAUAAACAAAGGUGAGAAUGCUUUGAAAAGCUCACUAGAGUCUAUCAAUUCAUCAAUAUCAUCCAUCAUUCGAAGUGCUAAUGAUGCUGUGGAUGGCGCCGUUGGUAAAGCCUUUUCAUCUUUUGAUCAAACUGGCGAAUUAGCUGGUGGUAAACUGACCAACUUUUCAAGUGGCUUGAAGGAAACCACAGGCACAGCAGCUGUUGUUGCUGUUGAUGUAUUGAGACGUACAAUUGUUGCAGUGGAGAAUGCUUUAGCAAAUGGCACUUCCUUUGCUGUUUAUUCUUAUCAGUCUGUCAAGGAAUUCUUUCCUCCUGAGGUUAGGAAUGCACUUAACUUAUCUGAAGAGAGAGCAACCGAAAUCUUGACGCCUGCCAAGAUUGCUUUCCAGAAGGUUUAUAUUGCUAUUGAGGGAAUUGAGGAAAGUCUUGGCUUUGAUCCAAAUGAUCCAAUUGUUCCAUUUGUUCUUUUGGUUGGCACCUCUGCCGCUUUAUGGGUAUUCUUUUGGGUGUCCACAUACAGCGGUUAUGCGGGAGAUUUGUCUCCUCAAUUGACUUUGGAGGUCUUGAGAGGGAAAGAAAAUGCUGUGCUCAUUGAUAUCCGACCUGAGGUUUUGAGAGAAAGAGAUGGUAUUCCUGAUCUUCGCCGAGCAGCUCGUUAUCGCUAUACUAGCGUCACUCUUCCUGCGGUUGAUGGAUCAAUGCUGAAGUUGUUCAAGAAUGGAAGAGACCUUGAGGACUCCUUGACUGCUGCUGUUAUUAAAAACUUGAAGAUUGUCCAGGACAGAUCCAAGGUUAUAGUUCUGGAUGCUGAUGGUUCUCGUUCUAAAGGAAUUGCAAGAUCCUUGAGAAAACUUGGGGUUAAGCAACCUUACUUGGUUCAAGGUGGGUUCCAAUCUUGGGUGAAACAGGGUCUCCGUAUUAAGGAACUCAAGCCUGAGUCAACACUAACCAUACUCAAUGAGGAAGCUGAAGCAAUUCUAGAGGAUAUUAAUCCUUCUCCAGUACAAGUUCUUGGAUAUGGUGUGGGUUUGGCUGCAGCGUUGUAUGCUCUACUAGAGUGGGAAAAGACACUACAAUUCAUUGGCGUCUUUGGCGUUGGUCAGACCAUUUUUCGGCGGGUUGCUUCUUAUGAGGGUGCUGAAGAUUUCAGACAAGAUGUGAAGCUAUUGCUUGCUCCUGUUAGACUUGGAACUCAGGCUUUCUCAUGGGCAGCCGAAAAGUUGGAGACAAAUGGCAUUGGACUACCAACAUCUCCAUCGUCCUCAGCUGUACAAAACCGGGUUCUUCAGGCUGCUGCAAAGCAUGAAUCUAAACCGUCUGAUGCAGAAGGUCUAGCCAAUCCAUCUUCUGAAGCCACAAUAUCAGUGGGUGAGAAGGUAGAUCUCUCUGAAGCAUAGAAAAAGCUUGGGAUUUCCGUGCAGCAAGCAUAAGAUUCUGACUUGAGAGUUGAACUAGACCGCAAUAUCAUACAAUAAGCCGCCACAAUUAUUCAGAAAUUACCUUGUGUAAAAUCACAACUGUUAAUUAAUGUACUUAUUUCAAAUAGUUCAACUGACUUUUGUACAUCUUUCAUUAAUAAUCACCCAUCCAAUUUUAUGUUAAUGGCAAAAUAAAUACGUCAUUAUAGAA